GCCCCACACCCCCAGGCCCCAAGUCCCUCCCCCGGCGGGCCCCUCCUCCGGCCCCUUCCGGAAGCGCUCGCGGAGUGUCUCCGCAUGGAGCGCGAGCUGAGCGCCUCCGAGGCUACCCCUGCCGCGGUCGCGCUCUUCGCCUGGGGUGCAAAUAGCUAUGGGCAACUUGGCCUUGGCCAUAAGGAAGAUAUGCUUUUGCCUCAGCAAGUGAAUGACUUCUGUAAACCUGGACGUGUCAGGAGGAUCACAGGAGGAGGGGGCCACUCUGCUGUUGUCACAGAUGGAGGAAGCCUUUUUGUUUGUGGCCUGAACAAAGAUGGGCAGUUAGGGCUUGGCCACACAGAGGAAGUUCUGUAUUUUACUCCCUGCAAAUCCCUCCUUGGCUGUCCCAUCCAACAGGUGGCCUGUGGCUGGGACUUUACCAUUAUCCUCACAGAAAAUGGUCAAGUUCUGUCCUGUGGCUCUAACUCCUUUGGCCAAUUAGGAGUUCCUCAUGGGCCUCGAAGAUGUGUCGUUCCCCAGGCCAUUGAGGUGCUGAGGGAGAAGGUUGUGAGUAUUGCUGCUGGACUGAGGCAUGCAUUAGCUGCUACAGCGAGUGGCAUCGUGUUCCAGUGGGGAACUGGUUUGGCAUCAUCUGGACGGCGGUUGUGCUCUGGGCAGACACUCCCACUGUUUUUGACAGCAAAGGAACCGAGCAGAGUGACAGGCCUAGAGAAUUCUAAAGCAAUACGUGUUGCUGCUGGCUCACAUCACUCAGUUUCACUAACAGAUGCAGGAAAGCUGUAUGUUUGGGGAAACAACAGGCAUGGGCAACUGGCUUCUCAGGCUGCGUUCCUUCCUGUGCCCCAGAAAAUAGAAGCGCAUUGUUUUCGGAAUGAAAAGGUCACUGCUGUCUGGAGUGGGUGGACUCACCUGGUUGCUCAGACAGAAACUGGCAAGGUGUUUACCUGGGGCCGAGCAGACUAUGGUCAACUAGGGAGGAGGCUGGAGUGUCAUGAAGGCUGGACGCUGGGACAGCAGGAUUCGUCGCUCCCCUGCUCAGGACCACAGAAGAGCACACCUCCGUCUCUGCACUGCUUAACGGGAGCAACUGAGGAGCUACAUAGAACCAUUUUGGAUCUUGUGGUAAACACUUCUUCGAACCAGAACCAGUGGAAAUAAUGGAGGCCAGAAGCUUGGGAAUCCAUAGCCAAUCUUCAUGCAUGGCCAGGGAGCAUGAAGUCUGUCGAGGUAGCCCUCUGCACUGACAGCAAGGAGGUUUCCGGCUCGCUUUCUCUCAGCAGCAGAGGAAAUCCAUCAGCACUGAUUUAAAGUCCCAGUGACCUCGUGUGUCACCAACACUCUCUGCAGCAUUACGACCACCGCAGGUCACGCCCUGGGUCAUCCUGAGGUUGACCAGCUGUCUUUUUUUGCUUUUGACCUUGAAAACUGGGCGAGCCCAGGGUGAAAGUAAAUCACGCAGACGUUUAGAGUGAACAGAAGUCAAAGAGGGUUUAGAGGAGGCUGCAGUGGUUUGGUGAGAGAAACGCAGGGUCUGCGAAGCCUAAGUAAGCUGUGUCGCAAUCAGUUGGCCAGGGAAAUAAAACUACCUCCCUCUCUACCACUGUUCCUCUAGUUUGGACUCCCUUUAUCUGUUGCCUAAUUAUAGUGACAGCCCCUUAGUUGAAAACCCCUAGUCUCUAGUUUGGCCUCACCCCAGUUGCCCCACCAUCCAGCUGCCAAAAUGAUGUAUUAAAAUAUAAAUCUGAUCGUA